AACACGAAAUUCUAACAAUAAAAACAGAAAGGUAGGAAAAACGAAAAAAUAGAAAAUUCCCCGCUGUUGUUUUUGGGUUUGUCGUUGUUUUCGCCCCAGUCCGUCCGUCUUCCACAGCAUUGAACUUGUCGCGGUCGUCAGGUCUCCUUGGUUGUGGCGGUGUGUUGAUGAUGGGUCUUCUCUUUUGAAUCAUUGAUCAUUUCUCUGCAUCACGAAUUCUUCGUAGCUCCAUCUUCAUCGCUUCGAAUGUUUGCUUGAAGAAACUGUGUCCAAGUUCCUGCUGCUGGGUCCUUUAAUUCCUUCUUUCUUGAUCCUUUUUCCUCUUCUUCAACUUUCCUGCCAAGGAGAAAAGCUCCUUCCUUUUCCCCCUCUCUACCAUCUUUUCUCCUAUAGUUUCUUGGGUUGUAAAUGUGGAGCUCUGGAGAGCCCGCGGAUUCUUACUACGAGGUCCGCCAAGAAUGUACGGAUGUUCCUAAAACCCGCUUUAAAAUCAAGCCUGGUAAGACUCUGAGUGUCAGGAAAUGGCAGGCUGCAUUUACUCCAGAAGGCCACCUGGAUAUAAGCAAGACAUUAGGUCGAAUUCAACGUGGGGGGAUCCAUCCAUCAAUUAGAGGGGAAGUUUGGGAAUUUCUACUUGGUUGUUAUGAUCCUAAGAGUACAUUUGAAGAACGAGAUGAGAUUCGACAGCGUAGAAGGGUUGAAUAUGCUAAGUGGAAGGAGGAAUGCCGAGAAAAAUUCCCUAUUGUCGGAAGUGGCAAGUUUAUUACCGCACCUGUAAUCACCGAAGAUGGCCAGCCUGUUCAGGAGCCAAUGUAUCUUGUAGGAGCAAGUAAUAAUGCUGCAGCUGAACCUCCCAAGGAUAUGGAUGCUGCUGAGACCGGUGAAACCGGUGAAGCUGGUAAAGAAGGUGAAGCUGGUGAAGCUUGUAAAGAGGGUGAAGCUUGUAAAGAGGGUGAAGCUGGUGAAGAGGGUGAAGCUGGUGAAGCUGGCAGUCCAAAAGUGAUCGGUGAAACUGUUGCUAACGGUGAAACUCAAUCAAGUAUAAAUAUUGCCAGUUGGCAAAUGAUGAAAGAGAUCAUCAGCCAUGGCCCUCUGGACAAGAAAGUAAUCCAGUGGAUUCUUACCUUGCAUCAAAUAGGGUUGGACGUGAUUCGCACUGACCGAACGUUGGUUUUUUAUGAGAAGCAAGAGAAUUUGUCAAAAUUAUGGGACAUCCUAGCUGUCUAUGCUUGGAUUGACACAGAUGUUGGAUAUUGUCAAGGAAUGAGUGAUCUCUGCUCCCCCAUGAUAAUUCUUCUUGAUGAUGAAGCUGAUGCAUUUUGGUGCUUUGAACGUCUGAUGAGAAGAUUGCGAGGAAAUUUUAGAUGCACAGAGAGCUCUGUUGGUGUGGAGUCACAACUCAGUAAUUUGGCGGCGAUUACUCAAGUUAUUGAUCCAAAACUUCAUCAGCAUUUAGUGACAAUUGAAGUAACAUGCCUCUUUCGACAUUGCAAAACAGAGGCUCUUGGUGGAGGUGACUAUUUAUUUGCCUUCCGUAUGCUUAUGGUUCUAUUUCGGCGGGAGUUCUCUUUCUGUGACUCACUGUACCUGUGGGAGAUGAUGUGGGCUCUUGAAUAUGAUCCCGACUUGUUCGAGUUGUAUGAAGAGCCUGAAACAGCCGAGGGAUCUAAAGGAAGAACAAAGUCUAUACGUCACUAUGGUAAGUAUGAGAGGGAGAACAUGAAAAGCGGUUCAGCAGCAGAAGCCCCCCUUCCCAUCUCUGUUUUCCUCGUUGCCAGUGUCUUGAAAGAUAAAAGUGCAAAGCUACUGCAAGAAGCCCGAGGCCUGGAUGAUGUUGUCAAGAUAUUGAACGACAUUACUGGUAAUUUAGAUGCCAAGAAGGCCUGCACUGGUGCAAUGAAACUUCACAAGAAAUAUUUGAAAAAGGCGAAGAAGUAGCCACGGAUUGAAGGGAUGCUUCGUGUAUAAUGUGCCAUAAAUUUACCACGGUUAAAAACAACCAAUGUACUUUUCCACUUUGCGGCAGCAAGAAAAGGAGUGGCUUUUAACUGAAGAACUGCUCCGCGUAGCCACGGGAUUACAGGUUCUGUAAAAGAAGAGGCAAAGAGUGUAGUUGCUGUUGUUGUUGUAACUAAAACUAAAAUUUUGUCAAAUUUUGUGUUUUCUAUAUUACUGUGUAAAGGAACCCACCAGAAAGAUGAAAAAAAGAACGAAAAACCAGAGAGGGGUAACAUUCUUUGGAUGAUAUAUCAUACAAGGAAAGAGGAUUCUUUGGAUAAUAGCGCUGUAAAAAGAUUCAUUCAUAUGUUCCUGUAAAAAUACACAUUACUAUCAUUUGAAGUAUUUUGUCUAAAGUCAGCAACGUAGAAGUAUAUGAC